UUGCAGUUAGUCUGAAAGUUAGUUUGAACUACUCAAAGCCUGCAAGAUGCAGUACCCUCAGCUCCAGAGACUUUUGUGCGCCUUCGUGAUUAUAUCCUGUGUGGCAGUCCUUGUGCUCGGGGGUCCGGAAUGCAAUCAAUGUCAAUUAAACAACAACGUCAGGUGCCUGAACGAGACCCACUUUAGUUUUUGCGCGCGCAACGUUUCUCCGGAUCUGGUGCUGCAGUGUCCCGACGAUCAGAUUUGCACCAAACUCGCGAAGAUCUGCUUUCCCAAGGGAUCGACUGAUGCUUCCUGCACUCCAGAUGCCGAAGUAUCGUGUCCAUCCUGCAGUGGAUCAACACCAUUCGUCUGCACAAGUCGCACCACCUUCCAAAUGUGCGAUGGAGACAAGCUCACCGGCCAGGUAAUAAAGUGCAAGGAUAACACUUUCUGUGCCAUGAAAGACCACAAAUAUUGUGUGGAUCGGUGUGAAAUAACAAAGUCAGUAAAUGGAUUCGAGUGCGACAGAGAGGCACCUUUGGAUGCAUGAAAAUAUAGCACUCCAAAAAUACUGAGAUGCAGGUUGAAAUAAAUGUUAUUUAACUAUUUGCAGAGAAGAAUAAUUUCCAUUCAAAGAAGUUUUGUUUUUAUUAAAUAAAAUUGCGUUCUAUUUAUUAAAGUAA